AUGGCGGAUGCAUCGGGAAACGCGCUGAAGCGUCCUCAUCCUGAGGAUGACGGCAACAACUCUCAAAAAAGAACCCGUUCAAACAAUGGUUCUCCAGUACCGGGCUCAACCGGUGCUCCUACCGGUAAGGUUGACAUCGAGAAGAUGAUCGCCGAAGCUCGAGCAAAGGCAGAAGCUGUACGCGCUCGACUGCAAGCUGCACGCGGUGGUGCGACCCCCCCGGUGCCCCCGACAGAGUCGAGCCCCAGUCCCGCACCGCCAGCAUCGACACCCGCCAUGUCCAGGUUGGAGCAAAUGAAGGCCAGAGUAGCAGCGGCUACGGCGAAGGCGAAUGCACCUCCGCAGCGACCCGAGGCACCCGCGCCAUCAUAUCAACAACCUCAAGCGUUCGACGACGAUAGUUUUUCAAAAGCUCGUGGUGGUCUUGAUGUCGGUCUUCACCCGGCCCUACUUUCAGACGCUCCGCCGGAGUAUCGGGGGGCUAAAGGCCGUCAGCAGAAGGGCACAACGAACCGUGGAAAGCAACUCGAUCUAUCUGGACCGUCUAUUGAGGAGAUUAGAAAUAAUCCAUAUUUUGAUCCUAGCCUUGGCCCGAAAGCGACCGUUGCGAAGCCGCGACAAACCAGAGAGCUUAUCUUCAAUCAGAAGGGCAAAUACAUUCAACAAGCGGCAAAUCAGCGUCGGCAAGAGCAGUUGGAGGCUAUGAAAAAGCGAAUUGCCGAGCGAGCUCGUCUGGCCGGCAUUGAUGAGGAUAUGGAUGUGGAGAAAUCAUACAUUGUCCCCGCUCCUCCGGCCAUGGAAUGGUGGGACGAGAAGUUUAUUGACGGGAGCGACUACUCUGUCAUUGAUAAUCCAGCAAAGUUGAAAAUUGACACCGUCAUCACCCACUAUAUUCAACACCCUAUCCAACUCGAACCACCACAGGAGAAACACGUUCCCGCCCAGAAGCCAAUGUACCUCACGCCGAAGGAACAAGCGAAAAUCCGUCGACAGCGCCGCAUGGCAGACUUGAAGGAACAGCAAGCAAAGAUUCGAUUAGGUCUGGAGCCGGCGCCGCCACCCAAGGUCAAAAAGUCCAAUUUGAUGCGAGUCCUGGGAGAACAAGCAGUCAAGGAUCCAACGGCCGUGGAGGCCCAGGUGAAUCGAGAGAUUGCGGCGCGUAAAGAGCAGCACGAGGCUAUGAAUGAAGAGCGCAAGUUGACCAAGGAUCAACGACGGGAGAAAUUGGAAUCUCAGCAAGAGAAGGAUGCGGCGUUGGGUAUCUACAUGUCGGUCUACCGGAUUGACAGUCUUGCGAGCGGACGAAACCGCUUCAAGAUUGGCAAGAACGCGGAACAAAAUAAAUUGACGGGAAUUUGCAUCGUGCAUCCAAAGUUGAAUCUCGUCAUUGUCGAGGGAGGAAAGCACUCCGUGAACAACUACCGGAAACUGAUGCUCAACCGAAUUGACUGGACCGAGAAUCCUGGCCCAACCACAUCAGACCGCAACCGCGAAAGUGAGCCCUUGUGGUUGUCUACAGAGGAUGAGAAGGGUGAAGCGCGGGACUUCAGCCAGAACACUUGCAGUCUCAUCUGGGAAGGUCAGACUAAGUCUCGCUUAUUCAAGAGGUGGGUGGGAGCGAGAGUCUGCGCUUCGGAUUCCGAGGCUAAAGCUGCUUUGGCCCGUACGAAUACUGAAAGUUUCUGGACAUUGGCGAAAAGUGCCAAACCAGCGGAGUUCUAA